AAAGUGCUACAUAAUCGCAUAAUACCCAGGUCACGAUUCUUCCAUACACGUUUUUCUUAAAUGAUUUCGUUCUCCAUGGCACGUGCCUGACUAGUGCGUUCCACCUCUCAUCAACGUGACUUACAGUAACACGUAACGCAAUGAGAGUCUUAUUACUAUCAAAUUACUAUGUCAAAGCUUCUAGCAUUUACUUAACACGACUGUCGGUCUUAGGUUUGAGCUUUACAUAGGUUCAUCAACAAGACUCCAGUAAUGAUUAAGCUUGCCAWCUUUUGUGUUUUGACCAAUGCAAUUUGGAAUUCUUGCGUUGCUUUUGAAAUUCAAGUGUCGCAGACUGAAGGCCAAGAUGUCGUGUCUUGCUUUGACCGUGAUUCUAAAUCUAAAUGUAAAACUUUACAAUUUGCUUUACGAGGAUUAGACACAGCGUACCUUCACAAUGACAUCGAGUUGAAGAUCUUGAUGAUGGAAGAUUUGUACCUGAUGAAUCAACGUGUUACCAUCCUACAGCCAAGACSAGGAAUAAGUAUUUCAAUAGAAGGUAAAUGCAAAGGUUGUCGUAUCAUGUCUUUUCAAUGUACAGAUCCUUCGGCCGGCAUCACUGUUGGAGACCAAUUCGCUCAAAGAAUGGCUCAGAAUGUUCAGUUUGUUAAUGUGGAGUUCCGAAACUGUGGACCAGUGCUCGCAUCUGCUGUGAUGAUUUGGAACUCUCUGAACAUCUCGUUCUAUGAUUGCUCCUUUGUAAAUAAUUAUCAAGCCGCGAUCAAUGGGAUGGAUAGUAGUGUAAUGAUCCGAAGGUGUACCUUUACUAAUAAUACUUGUAAUAGGAAUGUUUUGAACGAAACUUCUGGAACGCCACCGUUUACUCCAGGACACGUGUCCCAGUCUGCAGGAACAGGGUUCAUGUUUAAUAACUCUACCAAUUUGGCCGUGAUUAUAAAGGAUUCUUACUUCUAUAACAAUUCGGCAGUAGUUCAUAAUGAUACUUACUAUGUCUCCCCUGCUUCAAAUGUGUCCAACUUCGGCGAAGGCGGGGGCGCUAUAUCAAUAGUCUUUUUCAAUACGACCAAAAACUGUACAGCGACUCUUGAUAAUCUUACGUUGUCUGGAAACUCAGCUUCUUAUGGUGGAGGUAUUUACCUGAUCGAAUCUGGUACCUCCACUGGGAAUGCGUUGUUUUUUAGUCGGAGUGUCAUAAGUAAMAACAUCGCAGGACAAGCAGGGGGAGGUAUUUGUACUUCUYAAUGGGAUGAGUCAAGGAAUUCUUUCAUACUGAUCGAGAACUGCACGAUUGAAGGGAACAUCGCCCCUCGAGGCGGAGGCUUGAAUGCAUUCUUCAUGAGUAUUGAGGGGCUUUUGGACUCGAAACUGAGACUAAAACAGUUAAAUGUGCGGAGGAAUUCAGCUCAGUCAGCACCGGCCAUCCGCUGCACUUCAUCAUUACCAUACGGUGAUGUCCCAGGUAGUGUCAUAGAACUGAUCGACUGUGUAAUCUCAGAGCACAUCAGUGGCUCACACAACAUUCACUCAUACCUUGCCCCUAUCACAGUACAGCGGUUUAAAAUCAGUGUGUUGGGAGUAAAUGAAAUCAAACAUAACCAUGGAGCAGGAGGGAUGGUUAUCGAACACGGAAUACUUCACGUGCAAGGGACCCUGAACUUYACGGGCAAUACAGGAUCGUCAGGGGGAGGGUUGAGGAUUUGGUCCAGCCAGAUAAAACUCUAUCCAAACAGUGAAUUGAUAUUUGCUGACAACCACGUGUCGUCUAAUGGAGGUGCAUUAAGCGUGCAGUUAUUCCCCAUCUACGAGGUGAUACACAUGUAUAACACGGACUGCUUUUUGACAUACUCCGAGAGUUUCACGCCUCCCUCCAAAUGGAAGACCAAGGUGGUGUUCGCUAGAAACAGCGCCAARCUGAAAGGAGCAGCCAUCUUCGUGACCUCUUUAUCGUCUUGCCUCUGGGACGAGGAAUAUCCUCAUUACAGCUUCAACAGGUCUCUACGCUGGGUCAACACCACCUUCAUUUAUGAGGACAAUUACAUGAAAGUUGAUAGUGAAAAGCGCAGACUGUAUGGCCCGGAAUAUGAUAUCGCUACAGAUACUGCUAUGAUAGAGCAUAAGCACCCUGAGAACGCAAAUAUGGAGCUUUUCCCAGGAGAAAACGUAAAGCUUCAUCUUCAGGGUCGAGACGAACUCGGUCAUGUAGUCUACACCAUCGCAAAUGUACUAAUGACAAGCAACAUUAGUAACCACACGUAUAAUCUUAUGGUACCUAAUACCUUGAAAGUGCUGGAUUCAUCCACUAACAACACGCUGGGGUUCAAGUACUACGCCCGUGGAUCGCGGGCCUACCAGGACAUGAUUGGCAGCUCUUAUAAGAUAAGUGUGACGGGUGUUUACUCAUCCAUCGACUUUAAUUAUUCUUUCAACUUGAAGGCUGUUGGUUGUUCCCCGGGAUAUAUSUUCAAACAUACGAUUUGUGUCUGUGAUACAAGUAUUCCUGGAGUCUUAAGGUGUGAUGGUGAGCGCACCGUAUAUCUUAAAGAAGGYUUCUGGGCUGGCCUCUCUGUUGACAACCAACUUAUCACCUAUAACUGUCCAUCCAAAUACUGCCACUGCAAGCGAGAUAAUAAUCCCGAUACCACUUCAGGAUGUAUCUUAGACACCAAAAACUUCACAGCACAGUGCGCAGARGGACGGGAGGGGAUCMUCUGCGGUAAAUGCUCCAAGGGACUGAGCGUUGGAUUAAGAAUGUACGAGUGUUUGGACUGUCGAGACGGUGGAUGGAUUCUAGGCGUSGUCUUUGUCAUCGUGGUUUCUCUCUGCGUACUUGUCAUAUAUUUGAAUCCUAGCAUGUCCAAGGACCUUCGUGGGCCCUUGUUCUUCUUCCAGAUGCUUCCAUUCAUUUUUAAACCUGCUGACGAGGUAGGCAAGRUAGUGAAAUUAUUCGCCAAUAUUUUUGMGUUUGGUGGUCCUUUUGUGUAUGUAUGGAACACAUGCAUCGCUAAUGGCAUCACGAACAUCUUUGCRCUGGCRGUYGGUUACAUGAUGCCCCUYACUACCCUCCUGAUAUUCCUGGUUGCGUACGUCUUGAGCACGAAGCGAGUCAUACGAACCAAGCUGCGCAAGACUUCCAACCUCAAAUCCUUCUGGCUCUUAAUCCUCUUCAUGUAUAAAUACCUAGUAGAAAYCACGUUACUGAUCCUGCACUGCCCCAUCAUCGACGGCAAAAUGAGGUUUUUCUACGACGGGAAUAUCGAGUGCUUCCACGGAGAACAUCUGUUCAUGGCAGUGAUUGCAUUACUAGUACUCGUCACUUUAGUUAUUGCACCUCCUGUCGUCAUUAUGCUUCUUACUAARGGUUACUGGAAGGUCGAUCCUCAGUAUCUCAGUACGUUAACCGAGGGGCUUCGUGAUCACUGUCGCUGGUGGUGGGCRGUGGAUUUUGCGCGCCGUAUUCUGAUCGUGGGGACCUUCGUGUUUAUUCCUGACUGGAAAACCAAACAGAUAUGGAUGAUGAUCAUGUCUAUCUUCGUAUUCGCGAUCCAUUCCAACGUGCAGYCUUACAAGCGCAUACUUACCAACGUCACAGAAUCCAUCUACCUAUUUGUACUAUGCAUCUUAGCCAUCAUUCAAAUCAURGAUGAUCAAGAAAGCAAAGAUAAUGUCUCGGGAACCCUUCUUGUCAUAGCAACCAUUCAUUCGUCCAUGGUCUGCGCAAUCAAGUUCUGGCGGUUUUGCAAGAAAACGUGCCACUGCGCAUGCCCGAGAAAAGCUAGAGUUCCUCAGUAUGGUUCAUUUGAUGAUCACUCAACCAGCACAAGCAUUGAAUCUGAAGUGCGCACCAAGCAAAAUCUGUUUGACUCGAUCUUUGCAUCAUCGGAGGAUACCAGUAAUAAUAAUGAUUCUAGUGGAAGGUUCUAGGUAACUCAGAAAARCUCUAUCCCAGGCUCUUUUCGUCUAAGCUGGAUGAGAAGAGCGUGGUGCCGAGCUUUUAGCAAUGGUGACUCUUAAAACUCCAGUGUAUGUGGACUUAGCCUCAAAUCCAAGAGUUGUUUGUUUUGUUUUUCUAAUUUCUGCUUUUGUUACCGACCUCAGAAGUGAGUAAGUUAGUCUAAGCCGCUUACACUGGAGGUUUAAGAGUAGUCAAUAGCAAGGAGAGUCUUGACGAUAAAAUCUAGUAAUAAAAAUAUAGACUUCAA